AUGUUUCCGUGGCCCUUCUUUCCGGGCGGUGAGUCACAAGGCUCUGCCUCCAGGGGCCGCAGGAGGAACAGAAGCAGCAGCGACAGCCGUCGCUCAAGACGCAGAGACAGGCGCCGAAGGGCGUCUAGGUCGCGCAGCCCAAGGGGGCGUCGAGAAAGGUCUCCAGAGACCCAGCCGAGGACCCCAAUUGUUGGGAGCCCUAGCAUGCCAGCUCCGCAGCCAGGAUUUCACUGGUGCCAGGUGCCGACUGCGGUCUUCGGCAUGGCGUCUGGCCCACAGACCCAGGCAUCCCUUCCUGCUCAGAAGGGAGCUGAGGCAGCUUCUUCUUGGAAGGACUCCUCCCGGUGGCAAGAACAGUCCACCCCAUGGAAGAGCCAGCAGUCUUCAUGGGGCAAAGGUUGGGGGCAUUCCAAGAACUACGGCUCCAGCAGCUCGUGGCAGGGCUCUGGAGGGAAUCGGCGUGAGAAGUGGGACAAGCCCAAAGGCUGGAACAAGUGGCCCAAGCCUGAGCAAAAGCCGGCUAAGGAGCAGUAUGGGCGAGGGGCUGCCCCCAAGGAGGAGGAGCCGGAGACUCUCCUCGACCCAGUUAUGGCUGGGAUUUUUGGCGCCCGGCAGCAGGGGCCGCCUGAGAGGCCCGACUCUGCAUUCAACGUUGCGGAGGCGACGGAGGAGGAAGUUCAAGCGGCGGCCAAUCGCAAGGCUGAGCGCGAAGAAGAAGGGUUCCACAGUCAGCUCUGGCAAGGGGCGAUCGCUAAGGCCCUCGCAGACCCCUCGCGACCCAAGUGCGCCCGAGAACUGAUGCGUGAGGGCAUCUUGCGCAGCUGGUGGAACAUGUCCUGGAAGGACGCCCGAGGCCUGAUUGACGGGACCUUGGUGGACGAGUAUCGCGAUCGGUUGAUGCUGUACAUGGCAAAGCAAGAAUCCCACCGAGGUGCCGCAGCCGAUUGUCGAGCGCUGUGCAUGCUUGUUCGCGUGGUUCAAGCAGAACUCCAGGCCGCUGGACAUUGA